AUGAGUCGAUGGCUGUCGCUGCGAGGACGCAGUCCGUCGGCAGGAGCUGACGGCGCGCGCAAUAGCAACGUGUAUCAGAGCGUUAAAGCGGGCCUGCAGGAGUUGUACAAGACCGUUCUCUUGCCACUUGAGCAAGACUUUCGCUUUCAUCAAUUUUAUUCUCCUCUUUUGACCGAUGGAGAUUUCGCUGCCAAGCCAAUGAUCAUGCUCAUUGGCCAAUACAGUACUGGCAAGACGACGUUCAUUCAGCAUUUGCUGGAGAAAGAUUACCCAGGGCUGCGUAUAGGACCGGAACCCACCACGGAUCGCUUUGUCGCUGUCAUGGAGAAUGAGACAGAGCAGAUCGUCCCGGGGAAUGCUGCCGUGGUGGACCCUACGAAGCCCUUCAGCCAGCUGUCAAACUUCGGCAAUAAUUUCUUGUUGAGGUUCGAAUGCGCCCUGCUUCCAUGCGUCGUUUUGAAUGGAGUAACUCUGAUUGAUACUCCAGGAGUACUCAGCGGGAAUAAACAGACGAGUCGGGGGUACGACUUCGAAGGUGUGAUUCAAUGGUUUGCUGAGCGCGUUGAUUUAAUACUACUCAUAUUCGAUGCUCACAAACUGGAUAUAUCCGAUGAAUUUCGGCGGUGCAUAAAUGCGUUGCGCGGGAACGACACGAAGAUCAGAAUCAUUCUUAAUAAAGCAGAUAUGGUGUCUUACCAGCAAUUGAUGCGCGUGUAUGGGGCUCUUAUGUGGUCCCUUGGAAAGGUAAUUCCAUCGCCAGAGGUCGCUCGUGUUUAUAUAGGCUCUUUCUGGAACCAUCCGCUGCAGAAUGACGAGAAUCGAAAACUCUUUGAAGCCGAGGCAAACGAUCUCUACGCAGAUAUCGCACGCCUGCCCCGGGACGCCGCAAUUCGGAAGAUAAACGAUUUUAUCAAACGUGCCCGCCUCGCGAAGGUCCAUGCUUAUCUGCUGGCAACACUACGCAAACAAAUUCCUAUGUGGGGAAAGGAUGCGAAGAAGAAGCAACUCAUUUCGCAAUUGCAACAGGUUUAUCAGCAAGUUGCCGCGGACCAUGCCAUUUCCUUAGGAGACUUCCCUCCCAUCAGUCUCAUGCAGGAGAAAUUGGCCGCGUUCGAUUGGAACAAAAUACCCAAACUGGAUCCCAAACGCAUUGAGGCGCUUGACGCAAUGAUAAAGCAGCAGAUCCCGCAGUUGAUGGCUCUCAUUCCUGCCGAGGAGGCUCAGGCUGCCUUACAGACAGCCGACGGGAGCGUUGUGGAGACCAAAGCCUCGCCCUUUCUCUCUCUCAAACAUCAAGGAAGUGGGCCUGCCUGGCUGCUGGACAAGUUUUUGAAUCAUCCUUUGGAUGUAGAACGUUACGGCACAGACUUCGAGCUCAUAGGUCCUGACAACACCGGGAGAAUCAACGGUACACAGGCAAAGGCGGAACUUGUCAAGAGCAAACUGCCUAGUGCAGUGCUUCACCUGUAACGUGUGAAUCUGGCAGAUAUUACUCGAGAUGGAUAUCUAGAUCUCUACGAGUAUUCUCUUGCGCGGCAUUUCAUUGAGAUGAAGUUGGAGGGUUUCGAGUUGCCUGCCAAUCUCCCAGAGGCUCUGAUGCCUCCGUGUCACCCGGCAGGCGGGCACUCGUGCCUGCGCAUGACUGAUACGGCUUGCCGCAUCCGCCCUCGAUUUUCACACGAGAGCGCCUCAGCGUUCGUAUACGUGUUGUCACGACUUCCGUAUAGCCACUCGAUUGUGCACGACGUCCUCGCCAAACUCGUGGAGUUCGGGUGUCGUGAUUUCAGCACUGUCUCUAUCGGCCGUAUUGAUGGUUACGGAGUCCUGCAGCGCUAA